CGACAGAGGAGGGAGUCUCGGCAGAGCCGGUCCGCGGGGGAGAGCGGCGCGUGGGCGGCGUGGGAAGAGAGGACGGGACCGACAAGGGCCUAGCUGAGCGCAAAUCGACAGGGGCUAGCUGAGUGGUGAGGAGCUGCGAGCUGACCUGAUAGUUGGGUGUCAGUGGAUGUCCGUGAAGUAGAGGAGGAGCCAGUGGACAGUGACCUGACCUGAGAGUGACCUGACACAGUGACCUGUCGCCGGGUCGGGGUCCGCCAGCGAUGGCCACCGGACGGGCCAUCCUGCCCACCACACACACCGAGAGGAGCGAAAUGGGGGCGCACUCCGCCGCUGUGAAGGCCCGGCUGUUCGUGCCGACCACUGACCCGGCCGGGGGCCAGCCGGGGUCACAGCCCGGUCAGCUGGGGUCACAGGGUCACCAGCCGCCGCCGCUGGUUGACCCCCGCGACCCCGAUCAGACGGAGACCGACGAGAAGCACCGGACUCUGCUGGCGCAUUACCUCAGUCGCUGCUGCCGCGAACAGGUGGACUGUCUGCUGAUGGUGGCCCUGCAGCGGCAGGACUUCCGUCGUCUGGAGGCGAUCCUGGCGCACUCGCCGCAGAAGGAGGGCGCCGCCGCCUCCCAGACGAUCCACCGCGCCCGUGUGCACGCUGCCUUCCAGCGCGGCGACUUCAAGCAGGUGUACCAGGUGUUGGAGAGCCAGCAGUUUGACGCCAAGUACCACACGGAGCUGCAGCACCUGUGGUACCAGUCGCGCUACGCCGAGCAGCGUCGGCUCCGCAACAAGCCGCUCGGCGCGGUGGACCAUUACCGUAUCCGUAAGAAGUUCCCUCUGCCGAGGACCAUCUGGGACGGCGAGGAGCUCGUCUACUGCUUCAAGGAGAGGGAUCGCAAGAUGCUGCGGGAAUUUUACACGGUGAACCGCUACCCGACGCCGGGCGAGAAGCGCGAGCUGGCGCAGCGGACCAAGCUGAGUACCACCCAGGUCUCCAAUUGGUUCAAGAACCGGCGACAGCGGGACAAAACGCAGAGCAGGGAGCACCCCAUCGGCGCCACGCCCAUCAAAAGUGAGCCGAGUCUGUUCGGCCCGUUCGAGAGGACCGGCGGUGAGCCACAGGCCAAUUUUCCCGUCUGGGGGUACGUUCCGCCGCCGUCCGGCCCGCCGCCUGCCUGCAGUCUGGGCGCCGCCGCCGCCGCCGCCGCUGCCGCCGCCGCCCACGGACUCGACUACGCCGCCCUGGGCCGACCGGGAGGCAUCUCUAGCAACCUGCUGAACGGGUAGCUGGAGAGGGAGGUUCGAGGAGUGCUGCAGCGCUGUCGGAGGCACGGGAUACACGAGUGCGGGGCGCUGAGUGCCGGGAAUUCAGUCGCUGAGUGAUCCCACUCCCAGCUUUUCCCGAUGCAUGCGCCUCGGUGAGCCAUUGUAGACGCUGUGAUUAGUAGCGUUGUAUCCUUUUUGACCACACCGCUGAGACAUCCGCGUCCGAGAUUAAUCCAGUAAAAUGAAGAUUCUUUGUAUUGGCAGGAUUAGAAAUACCGUGAUUUUGUUUCACAUACAUCGAUAAAGUAGGACGCUGUAACUGAUAUCAUGCGUAAUUGCGAGUGAUGGAAAAGACACAUGGUCCAUUUUUCUUAUGGCUUCGCUCUCUGGUCGGACGCAAUUUCGAAUCUCUUCCCAAUUCAUGCCCAAGGAAAUGGAAAAAAUGGCGGCAGCGUCUAAGGGACUCGGAUACUGGAAACUCGUCGUAUACCGUAUACUUGUGUGCCACCCACCGAUUUCCCACCGACGUAUCAAUGGGUGCAUCACUGCAUAUGUACUAUGUAGUCUGGUGGUCCACUUUGUGAUUUAGAGCAGAGGCGUUCUGUGGGGGGCUAGGGAAGGAAGCCCGUCGUAUCUGCGCGUUGUUGAGCCAAUUGUGAUCGGGUGUGGUGCGACCCUAUCCCAUAGAUAGAGUGACUGUGAGAGCUGUGAGGGAUUACAGCCAGGAUUCUGCAGCGUGUCAUUGUGAAUGGCGCUGUGGAGCGGACGUACUGAACGACGGUCGAAGCUCACCGGUGACGGUCAGCAGCUACAGGUUUGGAGUGGACGUGUGUGUAGGCUUGGAUUGCCGUUCAUAGGGUAGUGCUUAAAACGGAAUUAUCCGAACAAACCCAGCGUGAUGCUAGUUUGUAUCGACUGUCAUCCAUUGUCGCACUCAUUCCCAUCACUGUCUGCCCAACCAGUAACGACAUAAGCUCGUGGCCUGGUAGUAUUUCGAGUUUGUGUGAUGUGGUCGCGAUAAACCAAGUACCGCAUGCAGGCUGUCCACCGUCCAUUGUCCAGCGCUCAGUGUGAGCCAGUGUAGAGGCACAGGUCCUUGCGCUGAUAUAAACCGUGCAAACGUGGUCGUCCGUGCUUUCCCGAGCUUGUAUCGCGCCAAUACAGAUAUGUCCCUGUCUUCUCCUA